GGUCUCUCACAAUUAGUAAUCUGUUGUAUUCUAUAUUUAUUUACAUUCAGUCUGCUGGACAUGAAGCAUACAGCUGAAGCUGGAUUACACUCGACUUUUUACUGGGAGCUGCAGGCACAACAGUAUACUAUUUGUGCCUCAUUGUGCCAAAGAUUAAAAAGGUCAAAGAGACUGAAAAGACUUUUCAACAAAUAACCUUCAAGGACGCUUUGAGUGUAUUCGAAAACCCUGAUCAAUGCAGACAUGGAAAAAAUACAAUUUAUUUCAAGUACAAAAAGUUCCAACAUCUGCCUAAAGGCAUCACAUUAUAUUAUACUUAUUAUUAUACAAAAACAAUGAGAAUACUUUUGACAAAGGUAAAGACAGCAUGAAAUUACAGUUUAGAUAGUAAUGUAGGUAAAACAAAACUGAAGCUUUACAACACAUGGUUCUUGUUGGAUGCUAAGUCAGAUACUGAAUUCAGUUAAAGUAACUCUGAAGAUAUAACCUAAACUCUCUGGGAAAUUGGGCUUAUUUUACGAGUAUGUUUCAGGGCAGGAAGGUGAUACCGUAGCUGCUUCCAGAAGAACGAGGAGAGCGACAUGGAGCGUUUGCCUCUCCAGGUGACAUAGUCUCCUGCAUCACUGAGAAACUGCAAGGCCUCCGAUACUGAACCUGACUUCAACUCUUCUUUUGACUCAGUUGUGAUAAAAACCAAACGAGUCUCUCUUUCGACAAGGGCUGAAUGGAUGACACUCAGAAGACCAGAUUCAAGACCAGGAUCUGCAGAGGUGGGAACCAGAACCACUGUUCGGCUCUGCAUUAUACAGUCCAACACUGCAUCUGCUACAGCUGAAAUGACCAGAUUUCAGAUUAUACAUUCGCUUAUUAAGUUUAUAAAGCAGGUUUAAGUGUAUCUCAAACACAUACCUUUACCAGGUGGGACAUCACGAUCAUACAGACAGAGACUAUAACCAAAUUUCUCCUCCAAAACCUUUUCCAGCAGGUCUCUGUCCUCUUCAUUUAGUCCUGCAUCUGUGUUGUUCUUGUAACACAUCAAAAAGGCAUCAUAGCUCUUUCCAUCUAAACAAACAUAAUAAAGCAGAACAAAAAGGUUUUUCACAGACUUUCAAAAAGCACAAAUGUGGAUCUGUUUAAGGGAAAGUGGAAAACACGUGUUGUAUCCAUGAAUAGUACAAACACAAAUGAGCUUCUUCACAGCAAAGUUGAACUAUGAAAAACUCAAAAUUGAAUGUACAAGAACAUCAACAUUGUUUAGGGAGGAGUUUCUUCAAAAUUGCUAAUCUACAUGGCACAGUUGACCCCUGUCUUGACAAAGGUGACAAGCUGGUACCUUAAAUAUCCCUAACACAUACACCAACAACAGUCCUCCGAGCAGAAUUUGUUGGAAAAAUAAAACACAUACCUGAGGCGUUUCUAUGGCAGCCAAGAGUGUCCCGUAGAAGAAGAGUGAUGUUAAUUUUGAACUUUACAUAGAUGACUGUCAUCAAAACCAUCGCCAUCACAGUGCAGACAAUGCCAGCAGCCAGGGAAGCAUAGGAGGGACGGGCUAUAAGGACAGAUCGAAAGAAAAAACAGCAGUUUUAAAACAUUUUAACUGUCUGUAAAUGAAUUUAUAAAUGAAUUUAUAAAUGACUAAUAUGGUGGAUGGCAGAGGUAGAGCAACUGAACAUACAUCAGAAAACAUCCAUCCACUGCAUCUACCUUUUUGGGCCAAGGUGAUGGUGACAAAAGUCGAGGGUCGGUCCUCAGAGUCCAGUUUACAUGUGUAGUUCUUAGAUAAAAGCUCCUUUGUCACUUUUUUAAUGAUAAGUGAAUUUAUUAUGAUUUUUCGCUCACGAUUAGUUUCGCUGAAAAGGAAUAGAAAAAUAUUGUUGCACAUGUUGACUGUUUUUUUAUAACACUGAAUCUAUAAUAUAACAUAAGUCCAAGCCCCAGAAUAAAUGGAAAACAGCUUCAGGAAACAAACAACUGUGUGGACUGUUUUACCUUGUUAUGUUGGAGAAAAAAGGCAAACUUUUGUCCUCGUCUACAAAUGAAUCACCACUCAACCAAAACAGAGAAUCAUGGUCUGAAAAUGUCGCUGCUUUACAGGGUAUUACCACUGAUGAGCCUAGAAAAGGGAGUUUCAUAUAAAAUUUUAAAGUAAACUUUCAAAAAGGUUGUCAACAUUUAAAAAAGUGCAAAGAGAAACUGAACAGGCUUGAACAGGCUCACCCAAAUCGACAUGAACUACAUCACCAUCGUUGGGUAAAAUGAUCACUGCAGAUUUCUCCGACUUGUCUAUUUAAAAAAAAAAAAGAGAGAAAGUUAGAAAUUACUUUUGGAAAAAGAAAACAUCUGUAACGAUUAAAUUGUCAGAGUUUUUUUUCCUUACUGUUUGGUCGGACAUCAAGGACCGCCUUAAAGGUCAUGUUAUAUGUUUGAUCAAGAUACAGGUAAGACCUAGUACAGAUGUAGACACCAUGGUGAUUCUCCUCCACACUUAAGUAAGUAAUGGAGUCCUCAUGAUUCAGCAUUGACUCUCCUUCCUACAUGAUAGAAAAAAUAAAGCUGAAGUAAUUACAGUAGAUAUGUGAUAAUAUUUCAUGGAGAAUCACUCGCCCACACAUCUGUAUUUUUCAGAUAAUUCAAUCACAUUCUGACACUUUCUUUUAAUACCUUUUGCCAUAUGACGCCAUUGCUGGUGAUAUUUGGUGUAGCCACAUCAGGGGUAUUAGCAUCAGGACAAUACAACGUGCAGGACUCCGGAAUGUAACAUGUUGUAGGGUAUGUGGGCUUCUCUUCAUACUCUCUGCUCUGCGUUGUGUAAACCCUCAGCCUGAACCAGGUCUGGCUCAUAGAAGUCCUGUUAUGCCUUAAAAGAAAAACAUGAAGGAUAUUUUUGUAUCAACUGAAUGAGAACCAAUGACUGUUUGAAAAUACUUAUUUACACCAGUAUUUUUGUGGAUCACCAUUUUGGGGUCGUCAGUCUUGCAUUGUGGCAUCUUUGUUUUUGUGCAAAAGUAAGACUAUUUACGAUAAAAUAAAAUAAAAAAUGGAUAAACAUGUAUUGAAACACCUCUAUCCUAACUGAAAUAAUAGCUUGUACUGGUUACAGAUAUAGUAUAACCAAAAGCUAACCUUGGGUCAUUUUCUAUGUAUUCAAAAAUGAACAUAAUUUAAUAUUGAAAGUUGGUAAAUUUGAGAUUAAAACCUAAAGUGAUUUGUUUACUGAGCUGCUCAAAUAGACUUCUUCUCAAUCAAUCUCCAUUCUUUAAAGCUCCUGUGAGGAACAUCUGAUUUUUUGUCAACUAGGGCGGCGCCUGUGGUCAAUGCAGUCUUUAGUUAACUUGUCCGUCACAUGCUUGAGUAGUGUCCUUUGACAAAAAUCUUGUCCUGCUGACCUUUGACAGUCAAAGUAUUAUUGAUUAUGAAUAUCUUAUGUGAAAAGUGUAAAAACAGUGACUUUUUUUAGCUGCUCAGCUAACAUCUACCCCUCCUGUACCUGUUUCCAGUAAUAAAAAUGACAAUAUACAAAUUAUCAACCUUGACACCAUUAGUCUUGUUUGUUUUUGAUUAACAUGAAAAGGCAUCAAUAUAAAUUUUAGUCUAUUUCAUAAUAUCAAAAAACUCUUUCCAGUAGCUUUAAUCCACGCAGUCACCAAUAACAAGGUUGCAGGUUUUAGGUAACUCAGAUGGACUACUGCCUAAACCUAAACUCUCCACUCUCAAACUUCGAGGCCUGUUCCUGUUUAGUUUGUGAAUUCCCAGCACCGUCCCCUUUCAAAACAUUCAGUGUGUGAGAGCUGUCAUACAAUUAACAUGAAUACUGAAUGCAGUUAGAGAGUUCAAAAUGCACAUAAAUCUUAUAUUUUUGUCAAAUUUUUACACUCUUGCAAAGAACUGCCUGUACCUCAGAGAGCAUGAGUAAUUCCCCUGAUGGCUCACAUUCGCGCUGAGUAUAACCAGACUCCUUCCAUAGAGCAGCACACCUGCCUGCCUCUGCUCUGCCGAGGACAUGUCGCUGCUCAGUUCCCUCUCCUUCGUGUUGGGACUGGUCCAGAUCACUUUGGCACCACUUUGAUUUUCUGCUCCAUUACACUGCAGCGCCACCAUCUCAUUUGCCUCCACACUUAUGUUUUUGGGUCCCAAGGAACACACACCUGCAAAUAAGUUUUAGUUUUAAGUUUAUGUUAGGUUGUAAAACAUGAUUAAUUUUGGGAUAGCCACUGCUCUGUGACUGAACUGCCACCUGUCUAUUAUUAUUUCUCACAGAAAUGUUCAACUCUUUCAAUAAAUCUUGCAAAAUCAAAUUAUCAAAUGUCCUCCUAUGUAUGAGCAAACAAUAUAAAACGGCUGUUGUCCAUUACACUUUUACUAUGAAUUAGCUGGAUGUAUUAAUCUGUUGGACUACAAGAUCAUAUUCAAAAUCUUUAUAUUUGGUAACACUUUACAAUAACAAUGAUUUAUAAAUGGUAAAUAAAUAGUUUAUUAAUGUUUAAUCAACAUUUAAAAACAGCAUAUAGACCAAUUAUAAAUGGCAAAUAGAUCGUUUAUUUAUGUAAGUUAACAGUUACUUUACCAUUAACAAGAAAUUAAAUUAUGAUGAAUAAUUUCAUUAAUUAUUAAUGGACUAUUUACUAAAAGUUUAUAUAGGGUCUAAAUAUUGGUUGUAUAACAUCUAGAUUAAAAUGUGUGUCAGUAGCACUUUGUAAAUGGUUAAUAUUUGGUUUUUAAACCACCUAUAAACAUUAUUUAGGUGGUUAUUGUAAAGUUAGGGUUGGGGUUAGGUUUUUAAAAUUAUGAAAUUUACAAUUUAUUAACUGUCUAUAUGCUGUUUAUAAAUGAUGAUUAAACAUUAAUAAACUAUCUACUAACCAUUUAUAAAUGGUUGUUUUACCAUUCAUAGGUUAUGGUUAUUGUGAAGUGUUACGCUAUAUUUAUCUUGAAUCUCGACGGCUCUAACAUCUAGAUGUGUUUGUGAACUGACUUGUUGCUGAACUGACCACAUCCUGAUUUUUGGGUGUGAAUAAGUCUUAUGAUUUCAGUUGAAAGGAAACUAAGUCAGAUGUCAGCAAUGAUGUUAGGAAUAGCCAUCUCUUUUAGAGAAGUAGACAAAUACUAACUAAUGUUUUGUAUUUUGUAAUUGUGAAAUGCUAGCAAGGGUAAUUAUUGCAUGAGAUUUAUGGUCAAAUCUGCACAGCACAAGACAGUAAACAGCUGCAAACAGGAUCUAGAUGGAUGGAACGAUCAGAAGCAGCUUUUUCUUGGUUAUGCUUAGAUUCUCUGAGUACAGUUUUGGAGUACUUGUAGAACCAUGAGUGGAGUCUUCACUGUCUUAUAGUUCUUCACCAUUUGGGAGCAAAUUCAUAUCAAUUCAGUUUUAAACUGUAGGAAGGUGGUAUUACGAUAAAGACAAAAUGAACUACACUGCAUUGAAGAUCACUGCUGAUAAAAACUAACACUAUGGGACAACAAAAUGAGGAGUUUUACUGUGGUGUGAUGGAACCAUUUUGAAGCAUCACUUUUUUUUCUCAUGAGAGAGAAAGUUUCUGCUCUGUGAUUUGCUGUCACAGAGAAAUCUGACCUGGUUUCCACAAACUUCUAGAGCAAAAUAUUGAGUAACAUGCAUUUCAUAGACGUAAAUCCCAACUUAAAAUUGUCAUAGCAGCACAUUGUCUUUAUAUUAUGGGAUGUUUGCCUGUGCUACUCCUUUGCUUUAGCACAGGUUGAUUAUAUUAGAUAGAAUUUAACUGAUCUCUCUGGUAAGGUUUCCAAAUGACAUUUUAUGUUUUUAUGAUGCAAUAAAAUACAUGACAUAUCAACUUGCACUUUCACAAUUGAACUCAGAUUGAAUUCCCUUACCUGCCAAUGAGGCGAGGAGUAGACACAGGGGGACCAGGAGCACUUUCACCUGCAUCAUAACCGGUAAAAGUGAGAGCCAAACCAGCAGAAGCGUCGCCAGAAACGUGAUCUGAGCAAAUAAUGCUACAAAAGAAGUUCGAGCGAAAUAAAAGUGAACGUUUCCCCAAACGAGGCGGCGUGCUGAUGUAAACUGAAACUUAAGGAAGAAGGUCACGUUGGUAGUGCAAUGAAAACACCCACCAAUUAGGGGUAUGUUGUUCAUUUUGUACAGGUGAUACCAAACAUUGAUUCGAGGACAUGUAAAGGCGUUUUUCCUCUAUGAAAGAUGAUUGAAAUCAUAAGCUUAGACUCGCAGAGUUUGGUGUUACACGCGGCGCAAUCGAUGCGCUACUGCUCUUUGGCACAGACAGGGAAGUAACUCUUGUACCAGUGAAAGAAAAAAUACAGUUCAAGCUUGCCAGAAGGGAAUAAUAAUACAAUGGUCACUGAUGCUUUUUCCAUGUGACAAGAACAAAUGCUACAUAACCAUUUUCCCCCCACCAGAUCAGACCACAGUCAGCAUGUGAAUCCAACAGUUAACUUUGCUCGGAAAAAUCAGAAUAUCCCCGGAACCACAACAGAAACCAUGAGACUGUUUCCACACUGGAAUUAAAUACCACGACCUUUCGGGCCAAAGAGGAGUUUCACGGGGUUAUUUUCCGCUCAUUCACUCCUUCACUGACUUAUCUGUUCGCCUUGUUUGUAACGAAAAAGACUUCACUGAAUACAUCUGUAGGAUUAUCACAUUAAUCUGCAGUUUUCUUUGGCUGUGGUGUGAUGGAGGAGCCAUGAAACAGAAGAGUCUGAUAAUUCAAAAGACCAAACCAGCUUUAAAAGACCAUGAACGGCGGUCAAUCAUUUACAAAAUGGCCUUAUCAAGUGUCAAAACUUGUGUUCUUAAUGCAUGUGCAUGCUGACAAACAGAUGUGUCUACCACAGAGGAAGAAAUGUGAGUGAUUUUUUUUAUUUUGCUGUUUCCAAAUAACUUAGAUAUACAGGUGCAAGUCCAAGAAAUCUAAACCAGGUUCUCUAAUGGCAGCAAUAAUAAACUGGCUAUAAUUAGAAAUGAAUGUUACUGCAUUCUCAGGGAUUACACAUCUUUACAGUAGCUACUAUUUCCAGCCCAGGGUAUUUUUUAUGAUGCUGACAAACCAUCACCAAAAAAGGAAGAAAUGUAGUAUUUCUGUCAGAGGAGACUUCUGACAACAUUGUUUUAUAAAUAGGACUCUUAAAAAAAUCUCAACACAUUUUUUUUUUUAAUUUGUUGCACGUGACGUAAGCUUUAAUACGUUCAACUGUCAGUGACCUUAGGUGUGCAUCGUUUCCGUGCUCAGUGUUAGCCUUAGUGUAACUUGUGGAAACCAUACUCAAAGGCGCCACUAGGUGGCAGAAAACCAUUAAAUACAUAACAUUGUUAAAACACCAAAAGUGAAUCAAAAAUGCAACCCUUCCACAAGACAAAUAUAAAAUAAAGAUUUUAAACAUUAGAAACAUUAUACAUAAAAGUUUAAGAAUACACAAAUGAUAGAAAAGUACAUUUUUAAACUUAAAUGAGGGGGGUAUAGCACUGUUUUUUAAGGUAUGGUUAAGUGAAGUUGGUAAAAUUGGAUUUAGUUCUUUUUCCAAGAUUUUAUACCAUUCAAGAGGGAAGCUUUGCUACCAGGUGCCAUACUGGGUUUUAGUUUCUUAAUCGUGUUUUCCAUUCCCCUUUAGUUAUCUCAGAACAAAAAAAAUUUAGUAUUAGUUGUGGGUUCUCUAAUUUUAUGGAUUGCAUUAAAUUGUUGUUUCUUUCUGAGCCGUCUGGCAAGUGAUUUUGUAGCAUUUGGGCCCCUCUCAUAGUAGUUUUGUUUUAAGUACAUUUUUAAAAUAAAUAUGUUUUAGAGCAUCAUGAGUGUGAAAAUAGUCCCUCAUAAAAGAGUUGAUGAGGGUCUUAAGAAGUGACAUGGGGUCAAUUGAAAAACCCAUAAAAUAAAAGUUAAGCGAUUAUCAUCUGGGGAAGCUGUUUACAGUAAGAGCUAUUAUUUUGGUUCAUGUUGUGGAGCAGAAAGAUAAUUGGACAGCUGCUUCGUGAAGGAGGAUGAGGGCCUCAUGGAGUGUUCACCUUUCCAGGUGACACAGAGUUCAGCCUUACCAAGAAGCUGUGAGGCCUCUGGUACUGAACCUGACCCUAGCACUUCAUCAGACUCCGUUUUGAUGAAAACCAAACGAGUCUGCCGCUCCACAAGAGAUGCAUGGAUUUCUUUCAGUAGGUCAGGUUCGAGACCAGGAUCUGCAGAGGUGGGAACCAACACCACUGUCCAACUCUGUGCAGCGCAGUCCAACACUGCCUCUGCUACAUCUGGAAGGAGACAGGAUGAUAAGUUAAACUUAUUUUGUGGAAAACGUCAUUACAGAUAUGAAAUUACUGAUAUUUAAUACAUUUUUUAUCAAUACAUUUGAAAUUGUUUAUACCUCAACCCUAAUAGCUUACCUCUUCUUGGAAGGAGAUUAUGCUCAUGAGGACAGAGACUGUAACCAAGUUUAUCUUCCAAAACACUCUCCAGCCAGCGUUUGUCUUCUUCAUUUAGCCCUACAUCUGUGUCGCUCUUGUAAUACAUCAAAAAGGCAUCAUGGCUCUUUCCAUCUGAGAAAAAAACAAAUGAAAGUGGCUCUAUAACUCUGCUCUUAGCACACACUCAAGCAGAGAUCACACUGCUUACACCACACAGCCCAUGGGAAAAAUAUAUUUGUAUUUCAUUCACGUGAUGAAAUAAGUAGCCGAAGCUUGAUUCCCACCUGGGAUGCUGCGGUAGCAACAACAGGUGUCUUGCAGGACAAAGGCAAUGUCCAUUUUGAACGUCACACAAGCAACAGCUGUUACAAAAACUAUCACCCCCAUCAUGGCCACAAUGCCAAUGGACAAGGGGAGGGACAAAGGAGAGGCUGUAGGGACAGAAAGGACACUUUACCCUAAAAAAUAAAAAAUCUGUAGCUAAAGAAGUAGACGGAUGAUAUUCGCUGUGAUUUUGAUGCAGGGAACAGGGAUGCGCUCCACAGGAAAAACUGUGUACUUUUCAACAUUUGAAAGUAUACAAACAGCUCAUUAAUGGAAAGAUUUGUUAGUGUUGAAUGAGAUAUUUGUUAGUGAAAGCCAUCUGGUUUCCACUUGUUGUUGGGGUAGUGUUAAAGGUGCAGCACAGUGUGAUAGAAGCUAAGCUGCUACUAAACGAUUAUAGUGAUUUUAGUGACUGCAAGUCAUAGGAUAGCUUAAAAUAGUGAAACCACAAUUUUAUCCGUCCAAUCCUCCCAUUCACCUUUUUGGUCCAAGGAGAUGGUGACAAAGCUUGAUGGUUGAUCCUCAGACUCCAGUUUACAUGUGUAACUUUUGGAAAGAUCUUCCUUCAACACUUUUCUAAAAACUAAAGAUGCAGUCAUCUUCACUCCAUCAGCGGUGUUUUCUCUGUUAAGACAAGGUCAGGCAUUAAAGGGUAUUUAAAGAUCGAGAUUGGUUGCUCUUUUAUCUAAUUGGUAUGAACAAGCUGGUAAGUUCAUGUGAAGUUUUUACCUGGUAUAGUUGUAGAAAACGGGUAAACUGUUGUUCUUUUCCAGGAAUGAUGUUCCACUCAACCAAAACAGGUCAUCAAACUCAGAAUAUACAGCAGCUGUACAGUUAAUCACCACAGUUGUAUCUAAACAAAAGCAUACAUUUUAUAAAUGACUUUUCUGAAUGUAUUUCCAAGUGUAUUUUUGUAAAUGUAUAAAAAACAGUACCACAAAAACUUACCCAAAGCUACGUGAAAUACUUCAUCCUUCUGAGGCAAAAGAAUCUCUGACUUCCCAGAUAUUACUGUGCAAAAAAACCCCAAGAAAUAACAGUUCAAAAAACAACAUAUAACAGUUCAAAAACAUAUUCAAGUCCUCAGAAGGAAUCAAAUGAAAAAAAAAGUGAUUUCUUACUGUUUGGUCUGACAUCAAGGACCACUGUAAAAGUCAUGUUGUAAAUGUGAUCAUGGUAGAGGUAAGAUCUGGUGCAGGUGUAGAUACCAUGGUCAUGCUCCUCUACACUUGGAAAGGAAACAUUGUUCACCAAUAGUUUGCCUUCCUGUGAAAUAGAAAAACAAAACAAAUUUAAAAAUGUUAAGGCAAGAUUUAAGCUCAAAAUCCAGAGGGGAAACAUGUCUGUAUUGGAGUAUUAAAACAGUUAUGAUGUAAAAAAAAAAACAUACAAGCAGAAUUAAUCUUUAAGAUUUGACUAAUCCACUCUAAAAGUCUAUGUUGAAAUACCUUUUGCCAUAUGAUGCCAUUGCUGGUAAUAUUUGGUGUGGCCACAUCAGGGGUAUUAACAUCAGGGCAAUACAACGUGCAGGACUCUUGAGUGUAACAUGUUGUAGAGAAUGUGGUCUUUCUUUCAUACUCCCUGCUCUGCAUGGGAUAAACCAUCAGCUUGAACCAGGUCUGGCUCCUGGGAGUCCUGUCAUGUCAUAAAAAAUGUGAAGAAGAGUUUUAAUACAGACUUUCAUAAUGAUUCCUUACUAUCAAAUUUUAGAGAUGAGAAGAUUUUAAGGCCCAGUCUUAAAAAAAAAACUCUUUUUACAGCAAGCCAUUCAAGUUGAUUUGUCAUUUGACUGAAGAGGAAUGCUGUUAAUCAUUUUGGGUGUGUUUAUACUUUACCCAUGUGAGCAUGAAUAAUUCCCCUGACGGUUUGCAGAGACACUAAGUAUCACAAGGCUCCUUCCAUGAACCAGCACCCCCAUCUGCCUCUGCUGAGCCGAUGACAUGUUGCUGUUAAGAUCCAGCGCCUGUCCAGUGUGACUGGUCCAGGUCAGUUCAGCAUCAUGACCUCUGUAAUAAGGGCACUUCAGCGCCACCAUCUCACCCUCCUUGACGUAUACAUUUCUGACCCUCCAUGGAAAGACAACUAUGGAAAAGAAUCACAAAGUUGUAAAAUUUAGUAUUGAAAAUGUACCACAUACAAAACUUUAAAAAAACUGAAUAAAGCUUGUUGAGUUGGCUGAGUCAGACUAGUCACUUCAAGUCUUCAGGCUCAAGCUAUCCAAUAUUGAAUUAUAUAGACAUGAAAGAUUGAAAAUCUGUUUGCAUUGGUUUUGGCACCCCCUGUGGCCAAAAUAAGACCUUUGAUCUUUUUGCUUAUCCUGUGAAUCCUGCUUCUGAUAACUAAUCCCAUCCUGCUGUUAUUUCACAGACAAAGAAAUAAUCUACCAUAAAUGUUUACUGUGUAAAACAAACACGGUUGCUGUUUUGGGAGAUUGGUGUUAAUUACCCCCUGGAGUUUGAGAUCAGUGUCAAAAUAUAUCACACAGGAAUUAUCAACCUGCUCACUGAUGGUCUUGUUUGAAUUCAUUGGUCACAUAGAGGCAUUUUUAUUCAUUUCAGUCUGUUUCAUCAGAAACUCAGACACUGACAUCAUCACAGACAACUCCAUGAGGUGAAACAGUGACUGUUUCCCAGUGGUCUGGUCUUGUGAUCACCUCACAAGGAACUUUUGUCAGUUUCUAUGGAAGGUACUAUUGUUCAAGCUGUUGGUCAAGUGUCAUAAGAUGUUACACAAUCCAGAGUUUUGGAUAGUGUGUAUAUCAGGUUAAAUAAUAAAGAAUAACAAUACCAUUGACAGUUACUUUGGAACCAGAAUUUCUAAAGUUUUCACUUAACAUUACUUUGCCAAUUACAUUUUCCCUUUUGGCUCAAGUAAUAAGUCAAAAUGCAAAUUAUUCCCUGUAAAUGAAUAAUUAAUCUAUCUCUUUUUUCUGAGGCAGUGUUUUGUGACAGGCAGCUUUGCUUUUCCAGACCUUUUAAUUCCCUCAUAACUCUGACAACACUGGAGCAAGUAGUCAGUAAUAAGUAUUAAGUUGUUGAUACUGAUGCAGCAUAGUGUAAUAAGUCUUUCACUUUUAUUUUCCUUGUGAAUUUCCUUUUUUCCCAUUAUCUUAGUUCUCUGUCAGGUGAUCCAUUUCCAAUCUAAAAGAUUGGACAUCCAGUGCCUCUUUGGUAAAAUUUCAUAGAAAUCUGACACUUGACAAAGGACCCUGAUUAGUUGAGAACUUGUCUACAGUGAUAGUUGAUCAAUGUUUUACAAAAUGAUAUUUGUUUUUUACAUAAACAUUAAUAUAAAGAGUAAGUAGUGUUAAAUAACUGCUGUGUGGAGAAAAGGUUGAAUAGUUAGAGUAAGAGUUAGAAAUAAACAAACUAACAAUGAGAAAAACAACAUCAAACUUGUCAGUGAAGUACUUAAAGAUUUCUUUCUCUCUUUCUUUCUUCUUUAUCUCGAACUUUAAGAACAACAACAAAAAAAAAACAACUAGAAACAAAACAAAAUAAUACAUAUGUACACCAAACAAAAGUCACAACAUAAAUAUGUCAAAAUAAACAGUUUGAGAAGGAGCAGAAUGAAGCAAAAAGCUUAUCUAGUCCUGCCCCUUCUUUGCAAAUUAGAGAUUUAAAAAAAAUCGAUUUGUAUAAAAUACAAAGAUCUGUAUAAAUACCUACAUAUUAUACACAAAGAUAUCUGCUCAACACUCAAUAGGUUACUUAUUAUAAUUACAUGCAUAUUAUAAUAAUAAUCAGUGUUAUAAUAUUCAGAAUUAAUAUUACUUUUAUGCAAUCAAGUAUAUCUAGUAUAAAACUAUAUUUUUUGUUAGUUUACUUAUAUGAAUCUUUUAAUACUUCUCUAUAGUUUGGUUUAAAUAUUUUUAUGUUAAAGUGACAUCCAGGCUGUUCCAGAGUUUAACACCACAACCAGAAAUGCACAUACUUUUCAGAGUUGUAUGGACAAUUGGACAAAUAAAUUUAUGUUCCCCUCUUAGAUUAUAGCCCCCCUUUCUGGUUUUGAACAUCUUUCUUAGGUUACCAGGUAACUUACUGUGUGUUGCUUUGUACAGCACUUGAGCUAUUUUAAAAUUGACUGUCAUUCAAUUUUAACAAUUUUGAUUUUAGGAACAAGAGGGCUGGUGUGAUCUCUGUAUCCAGUGUGAUUAUAUACCUGUGUUAUCAUAUUGUACUGUGAUAUUUUUGUCAAAAUGUAAAGGCGCUAUUGAAUAUAAACACUGAUUUAAUAUUGAUACCUAACAGAUGUAUUUUUAAAAAUCACAUACCUGUCUUGUCAUUUAAAAUAUAUAUAUAUAUACAUAUACAUUAUAUUGAAGUUUUCAUUCUCUUACCUGUCAAUAAAGUAGAGAGAACAAGUAGGAGUAUUUUCCAGGCCAUCAUGUCAAGACUUCUUCCCGCAAUGUCCUGGAAUGAGUGAUCUGCCCAAACAUUGAACAGCAGGUUUAGCUGAGUCACAGCACGUCACUGAGCGAAAGUGAAAAUUCUGUCUGUGUGUAUCUUUCUUGGUCAAACUCACAGACUGUGGUCAAACUAUACAAGCAGACGCUCACAAACAAACAAACAAACAAACGGCAAAGAUAAACAUUACAUACCAAAGGCCCAUGAAUGCAAAAAACAGUUCAUACAAACUGAGACUCUAACACUUGACUCCACACGACAACAUUAAUAUUGUUUAUAGUUUCUCAAGAACUUUACUGUGUAUCUCUAUGGGAUAAAAAGUGUUCAAAAUCUUACCCUUUCAGCGAUCUAUCGGGGGUUUCCAGACAUUUCUACACCUCCUACAAGGUUUACAAUCCAGCCACAAAAUUAGGUGUUUGAUCAAAGACGUUUGAUGGUAAAUCCGCAGUGAUAUACCGGUGAAAACAUGAUUAUUUAUCAUAUUGUUGUGAUUAAAAAAAGAUCGCUGUCGCUAUCUCUAAAUGCUAUCUCUACUGUCUUCCGGGUUUGACGAGCUGUUUUGAUGACGUCUUUUUUUUUUUUUUUUUCUGUCAAACUUUUAACCAAUUACAUAGGCUCAUAUUCUUCUUCUAUUGUUCCCUUGAGGGUAGUAGUUGCUUGUCUGCUAAAUAAGACAUAAUGGUCCUCAAUGCUUGGAAACAAGUAAAGAAGAGAUUAUGAGCCGUAUGAUUUUUUUUUUUUUUCAAUAAAACUUUAGUGAGCGUUUAACAGAACCAGACAAUUCAACACACAAGCUAGAAGGAGUUUUUUGCCAAGGGGCCACACAUAUAGGAAAACAUGAAAGAGACUACAUAAAUGUAUGGUCUUGAUAGCUUGGUUAAUAUAUAAUAUACAGCUUGGCUUCAUUUUUGAAAAAAUAAAGCAAGGAUUUUUAUUUAUAUAUCUACAUUUAUGGAUAUGCCACUUAGCCAACAAAAUAAUAAGGUUAAUUAUAAUAAUGUUUGUUUUUGGAGGGUCUAAAGGAAGUGAAACCAAACAGUAAAUUUUCAAAACAAAGAGUGAAAUUAUUCUCAAUAGAAGUAGAAAUAAAAUGACAAACAUCUUUCCAGAUAUUAUUGGGCAAGACCAAAAUAAGUGAACGGUAUCUUCAGGGCGCUGCGAACAGAAAGAGCCGUUCAUGUCAAUAUGACUCUUGAAACACUGUAAGAAAAAUAUUUUACAAGGAUAGGUUUUAUGAAUAAAUUUAAAAGAUACUUCUUCAAUGUUGUUGUUAAUCAUAUACUUGGUUGGUAAGAUUCAGAUUUUUUUCCAGUCAAGAUUCGGUAAUAAGUUAUUCCAAUAAGUACUUAUAUGAGGAAGAGACACAAAGUCCCUUUGAAACAAAGUACACACAGCACGAUUGCUGCUACGUGUCGUAGAGAAACAAAUCCUGCCGACUUCAAGCUUAAGUGGAUCCAGAGGCAAGAGAGCUAGUUUCUCCACUGUGCUUCUAAAUAGUAAAGAGACACCAGAAGGAACUGCAUUAAUGAUAUGUUAAAUUCUACAGUAGGAAUUGAAAUGUUGUGUUUUGAAGUAAAACCUUCAUAAGUAAGUAAUAAACCGUUGGAAUCAAACAGCUGGUGAACCAGGAGUAUAUUAUGAGAAAACCAGGCAGGGUAAAAUAAGGAUUUGUUUCUGUGUGUUAUGUCUUUAUUAUUCAAUAUAUAAUAUCUGUGUGGAGAGAAGUUGUGUUUAUAUAUUAGUGACCAUGAAAGAAGCAUCUGUUUGUGGAAAUUUGAUAGUUUAAAUGGGAUUUUUUUCAAUUUUGUAAUUGCACAGUUAAAGAAAAUAUAGGCCACCUACUUCAGAAAAAACAAAGUUUGGUAUAAAGUUCCAAAUUGAGGAAGAGUUUAUGAGCAGUUUGAUGUGGCCCUCUGUCUCAUCCCAGACAGGAACUGCUUCAAGGAGUGGCAUAAACAACUGUAAAUAGCAAAAAAAAAAAAAAACGCCUGGAAGAAUUAGUGUAAAUAUUUGAAUAGUGUCUGUGGUGUGUUUGUUCCAAUCCCAAUAUUUCUACUCCUGAUAGCCAAGACUUAACAGAAUGACGUGCACAGGGCUCUCAAGUUUUAAACUAAGCUUAGAGUGAGGUUUUUUUUUUCCUUGGGGGUGGUAAGUGAGUGAUAAUUAUUAGUGUAAUAAUCUAAUAAAUACAAUGGAGUAUGAGGGCCACAUUAAGAGAGAAAAAAACAUUUUUAAAUCUUUGAGAUUAAAGUUAUUAUUUAGGAAAAUAAAGUCAUUAAUGACUUUAAGAAUAAAGUAGUAAAGUUACCUGUUGUGGAGGAGGGUUGUUAAAAUCAGCACUGUGGAGUAUUUAGAUGAAUUGUACUUCAGGAUAGGUUCCACAAACAUGGAGAUACUUAAUCUUUUGGUACAUGAGCAUUACACUGUCAUGAGUAUCAGAACUUUAAAAAGAAUAUAUGAGAAAUGCUGCUUUUGUGGCGGGGGAAAUGGCUGGAAAUGGCUGUACAGAGGCUAAAUUUAUCAAUGCAGCUGUUAAUAGCAAUAGAUUAGGGCUUUAGUUUAUCAUAUGAGUCUAUAUGCUAUGAGGUGUUAAGGUCUCUGCAUGUGUAGGUUUGCGUGUGUCACAUGCCGAAUGCGUGAGACUUGAGAGCCCUGGAUGGGCAGGUGAGAAAAGGCUGUAGAUUUAUGUGGUUUUUUUAGCAAAGUACUGUUGGGAUCAAUUUCCGUUGUUGUUUUUUGGUUGAGUUUUAUGCUUCUCAAUCUACUGUCACAUUCAUUUUACAUAUUUUUAUAGCUGAAGUUGUCCUGAAAAAAAACCAAAAAACAAAAAAAAAACCAAGUGUAUAUAUUUGCUGUGCUUGAAAGGAUAGAGUUGCUACAUAGAUUUUUACAAGAAAAAAAAAACUCUUUACAGCAUUUCUCUUUUUUACAACAUGUGUUAAAGUAAUAUCUCCCAUAAACUUGAACCAUUUGGAUGAAAAUAUGUGGCAAAUCUGCUCAGAAGCACACCUUUCUUUCUUUGUUGUGGUUUAGGGUCACACGCAGAGACAGAGGCAAUUCCCGGAUUGGCGCGUGCACUGCAGGGGUGUAUUGCUAGGGGCAACGGCGCCUGUCAAACGCUCUUCUUGAUGUGUGGCAGCUGCAGCCUGGGAGAAAAGGCGAAAAGAAGUCAACUGAAGAAGAUAGUUUCGAGCUUUUCCGUGAGAAGAUAUCGGACAGAGGGAUGACGGACAUACUUCGGCUGGUUUCGAAGGCGAAUAGACGAAGUUUGCCCACUCUGGCUCAACUCUCUGAAAACGGUCUGCUAAGUUUUUUUUUGACGAGUGACUGUAUGGUAACUAACGUUCAACACAAUGACGGUGAAGUGCGCAUGCGUGCCAAAUGUAUGCCUUGUAUAAUGAUAUAGGGCUACUGUUUAUUUUUUCAGAUAUCAACUGUAUUUGGGCUGAUGUGUCUGCUUAUAUUGAGCGUCAGCUGACAUUACAGAAGGUUCGACCAUUUAUCUAUCUAUCUAUCUAUCUAUCUAUCUAUCUAUCUAUCUAUCUAUCUAUCUAUCUAUCUAUCUAUCUAUCUAUCUAUCUAUCUAUCUAAUCCGUUUGUCUGAUCUAUAGGGGGUUCACCUGGCAGGACUGGGCACCUUCACCUUCUCUCAGCAGAGGUUGGACAUUGGGAACAGGUUCAUAGUGGUCCAAAGACCUGUCUUUCUCCUGGCUGGUAAACUACUGCUGUCUCUAGGUUUAAAGCAGGUCAGACCACUGGCAGCAGGUGAGAAUGUAUAAAUAAAUGAAUAAAAAAAUAAAACAUAAAUAUAAGUUUUAUUAAAAGAGUAAUAUUAUAUCAUACAGUAUCUGACACCAUGAGACUGUACAAUUUGUGAACAAUUGUUGCUAAAAGUGGAGCUGUAAGAAUGUCUUAAUGUCUUAGAUGUUGACAUAAUGGCCCUUUACUAUAAUCCUUACUUGAGUAAAGAUUGAUAUGAUCAACAUGUAUGAAAAUUUCUGCCAAUUGGUACUGCCAAUAUGGUUUUACAUUUACGAUGAUUGCUAUGACAGCUUAUACAAGCCAACAACAAGCUUCAACAAGCUGCUUGUGCAGAAGUAUUUUGAAGUGUUAUAAACAGACAGAUACAUACAGUAGCUGUUUGAAAUGCUUGUGAAGCAUGUCAUGGGAGCUGGAAGAAAACAACACAGUUAAAUUUUGAAUCUCAGAAACUGUCAGCCUGAACAGAACCUAAAGAAUAUAUGUGUAAUUUAUGGUAGGUUGUAUUGUUGUUUCUUCUGUUUCAUCACUAUUUCUAAAGCAAAUAGACAGUCACAAACUGGGUCAUAUGUUUUUCUCAUGUCAGAGACAAUCUAGCACAUCAGUAUUAGUUCUAUAUCCCAUUAUACACUCUAUUGCUGUGAAAUAAAAACAUCAUAUGGUUAGUUUUACCCAGUUUCUGCAGUCUUAAGUGAACAAACUGAUGUUUCGUGUGGGUUUUUGUUGCAGCAACACACCUUCCUAUAGUGCAGCUGAACUUUGCAGCAGUGUCACAGGAGACUCCCUUCAGUCGAGACGUGGUUGAGGGCUGCAUCAGAGAAACUCUUCUGCUCCUCUACAAAGCUCUGAACUCUGAGCAAAACAUCUUCCUCACCUUACAGGGCAUUGGGGUUUUGUCCUUUAAGAACAACAAGGUGGCUCUCCUGCUCAUAUUGCGAUUCACAUUGCUUUGGAAUAUGUGGUCAGCUUGUUUCUAAUCAAAUCUCACUUGAUGUCAUUAAAAGGUGCGGAUGAAGUUUAACAGAGAUUUUAUUAAUGCUAUGGAUGGGACUGGAAGGCUACUGUCAGCCUUCAACAAUGUAAGUACAGUAGAAACAAGUCAAGGUGCUUUUGAAUGUCACAGUAAACAACUAGUCUUCAGUAAAUACAUGCACACAAAUAAAUGAUAGUCUACUUAUUACCGGUGUUUCUGCAGAGACCUGGGAGCAGCGUGUCUUUACUUUCUGGUGGACUGUCCAGGCUUCAGCAGCAGCAGCAGACCGCCAGCCCCAUCACCCUGCCAAGCGUCCGCUCUCCUCAUCCACACAACAAAGCUAGUGACAAAGAUGCAUCGUGCAUGUCACCGGCAACAGACCAGAGGAAUGCAGGAGGUGAAAGAGCUUUUUUGCACAAUGCUGACAAUUUGGCGUUUGAUAGCCCUUUAAUGAGGCAAAAUUGAGAGUUGAAUUGAAUCCAAGUCUCUUUCAAAACGCUGACGCAAAGCAGAGGACUUUUGUUUCUCGCUGUUUGGCAGAAAUGGCGCAGCAGUCUUGGCAAAAGCUGAACUGAUCAUGUUAUGGCACAAAUCAUGUAAAUUCUCAAAUGAUGGGCAUGGUGUACAAACUGCUGUAGCUGCCUAAUCAACAGUAAUGUAGGAGUAAGUAAAAUAGGCCUUGUUUGUUUUCUUGCUCAUACGUUGUGAAAGUAAAGGUUCAGCGUGUUGUACCUUAUUUGCUCAGUUUGUACUUUUGGGAAAAGUUACGCUGAACUUUUUCCCAAUGAGGUCACAGCCUUCCCGUAGUUUGAGCUGGUCACAUCUCAACCUGGCCAAUGGUAAUGCCAUGUCUUGAGAAGGGGAUUUUUUUUGUAUUCGUUGGCUACUAUUUCUGGUAUGAAUGCUGAGAAAACAGUUUCUUUGCUGUUGGGUUACUGUUUAACACUGCCCAAGGUCGAGGUGGAGUACAGAUUGUCAUGCAAUGAAAAAAACCCUCAGCUUUUACUUUCAAUUCGCACAACACCAUGGUUAAGAUUAGAACUCUUUUUUGUAUAAUAGGUGGUUCCAGGCACUUGGAACUAGCUAUUAAAAUACAUUUGGUGAUGUGUUAAUGAGGGUAAGAUGCAGUAAAGUACCAAGCAAUGAAAGCAUAAUGACAGAGAGAGUGUUAUGUGUCUCUGCAGAAAUUCCCCAGCAGAGAGAAUCUAAAUCCCAUCAGCCACUGCAGUCCGCCAAGAUGAAAGCUGUCAGCCUUCCUGAGGAAGAGAAUCCAAAACCCCCAACAGAGACCGCAGACAAGUACCACACACUUAGAGACACAGAAGCACACUCACUCUUUGGAAAGGCUCAGAUUUCAGGGCACAGAGCUACGGUUUACAGGUGGAUUAGUCUCCGAGAGCUGAGAGCUCAGCGGGGGUCUUAUAUUGUUACUGCCCUGAGGCAGCGUCCAGCUCCAUCAAUGAUGCACAACCACCUGUGGGACAGAUUCUUUUUCUGUCAUCACCCCCAAUGCAUUGUUAGCAAAUACACACACGAAUACACACCUGUAAUCUGGAUGAAUAGUUAAGAUAGAGGGUCAGAGUGUGACCACAAAAGGGGGACCUGUCCUUUUUCAAAUCUUCAAAUCAUCCUUUUUUCUUUUUUUUACGUUUGUUUUUCUUAAAAAUCCACUAAGACUUUCUGUGCGCCCUUGUGUUGCACUUUUUGGAGUGAAAGGGGCUGUGACUGCUUUUAAUAGUAUCCUAACAAAAUUAGGGGCCCUAAGAUUGUGUUACUAUGACAAAAUUAGGGCCUCUAAUUUUAUUUUGAUAUCCCCAGAAGCAGCAAACUUACAGACAUGCCUAGGCUGCAGUUUCUUUUUAAAAUGAAAAAUUCUGCAUCUUCAAAUAACUUUAAGCCCUGUAAAUGUAAAUAAACGUUUCUAGAAAUUCCCACUUCCUCCUGCUUAUAUACAAGGACAUCUCUUUUAAGCAGACAGUAAUGAAGACUCUGCCUCUGCUCACAGGCCCACUGCUUUCAUCUCACCACUAGAGGUCCCCCCGAAACUGGAGGAACAGUCUGUAAACAUCAGCUGUUCUGGCCACACCCGGGCAGGACAGGUGAGAGUGUGGAUAAAUACUGUUUGUGUGAAGUUGGUGUAAGAGUAUAGAGUACAGCUGAUUUUUAAAGUUGACUUUCAAAUACAAUAUAAGUAUUUGGGAGGUGAGGUUUUAUUGGCAUCACUCUGGUUGUAGUAUAACUCAGGAUAUAUGUACCCGAGUACUUACCCAGUGUGAGGUCAAACAAUCAUACGGAACAAGAAGGUGAGAAAUGGCAACAAUUAGGGUUAAAAUUAUAUCAAAAUCAUUUAGGACAUCUAGCCUGACAAUGAAAGACAGGUGCAAACCUACAUUGUUUUUGUGAGAAGUUAAGGUGUCUGUCAAGGAAGCUGGGAGGAUGUUUCUUAGCUGAUUAUAAAAUGACUUAGAAAAUUAUCAUUUUGUAACUAUUACUCAUAUCUACUUUUAUUAUUUCCUUGGCUAAUUUAGGAGCUGUGCUAUCUGUGCAUGCAGCGAGCGAAGAGGAAUGUCCCAGUGUACCUGAGGAUACAACAGGAGGCCGAGGAGAAAGCUCAGGAGAAACUCUUACUGCUUCAAGAACAACUGAGAGAUAAACAGAUCAUGGAGGAAGAACAGGUGUGUGUGCAAAUGUCCAAACAAGUGGAUUGUGAAAAUGUUCAUAGAAUAUUCAUUUGUGUAUUUUAUUUCUGCAACUAUUAAUCUUUUUCAGAGUGUUUAAUAAAAUAGGUGUUAAAAGGUAAAAGAUGAAUUCUCAGGAGGAGGGGCUUAUGUAAAGAAACAAGAGGAUCAGAGCAGAAGUUCACACAGGCUGAGGAAGUGGAAACUUAGUGGUCCACACACCCAGCAGCAGGAGUAAAAUAAAACUCAAAGUAUUUUGUCAAGACAAAAGAAAAGCUGCAAUAAAACCUUGUGAAAUGUUAAUAUAAAAGAUUUUACAACUGAGAAAUCAAGGGUGGAUCCAGAGUGUUUGGGGUCAGAGAGUUCAGAAAACAGCUUCACCCUCUUCACUGCAGCACAUGUGGGUUAUUAACUUUCAGAGCUGAACCACUUUGAGUUUACCCUGGCAUGUUGUUUUUGCCAAUUUUGGUUCUGUCUGAAACUCGGUUAUUUGAAAAGUUAAUGUCCUUUAUGUAAAGUCAUGCUCUUGAGGUCUUUUCAUUUGACAAGUAAUUACAAUUCGGUGUGUUUAAUUGUCAGAAAAAGCUGAAUGAGCAGAGAGAGCAUGCAAAACAAGUUGCAACAUUCAAUCUGCAGAUGAAUAAAGAGAGGAAAGAAAAGACUUUAUCUCCUCUGUUUCCUGUAAGUAGAGCCUGAAUAUUGAAAUCAUUACCCAGAAGAUUUUAGCCUUAACAGUUAAAACAGCUGUUCCUGCGGUUUGUGUUCAGACUUCAUUCAUCUUCUCGGCUCGGUCCCUGACUCCUGCUAAGAGGACUCAGCAGCAUCAGUACAUGAACGACCUGCAGAGCCAGAUAGAGAGCAGACGCCAACAUGAGGCCCAAGACCAGCAGAACCGUCUCCUCAUGGAGCAUCUAGACCAGGUUCAGCUGGUCCAGGAGUGAGUCUGUAACCAGGUCACUGUUCAGGUGUUAAGAAAUAAAUUAUAACAAAUUAUGUUACAUGAUCAUUUGUAUUUUUUUAGGUUAGCUUUGCAGAAGGCCCAGCAACUCCAGCAAAAACACGAGAGAACAACGCAUUACAAGAAGGCUCUGGAUGCUCAGGCAAGACACUUUUACAUUUCAUUUUCAUCAUACAGUACAAACUGGGGGAGGCUGUGGGGCAAGGGAAAGCAGCAGAGUGAGGUUACCUCCCAUCCUGCUAGUCAAGGACGCCACACAGGCAGUCAGCCAGAGAAAACUCUAUAAACUGUCCUUUUCUUAUUUUUCAAGCCACAGCAUACUCAAUUCAACAUCCCCGGGGGGUUCUGCAAGAAAUUUAAAUCGUUCAGAUUGUCUGCAGUCGAGAUAUGCAAUGGAUUAAGAAGAGGAAUUCUUUUUAUUCCUGUCCAGUUUUGCUGGUUGAUACUAUUAAAUAAAAAAAAACUUCAAUUUUGAGUAUGGACAGUGUUACAGGGUUUCACUGCCUAAACCAUGACAUACCGCUUUUAGAGCAGUGCUUAUAUCCAAGGAAACCAUUUUCUGAAUAAUAACAAUACUGAAGCAUUUUUCCUGAGGUGCAGUGUACACUUCUACUUUAAAGAACCUUCAUAAUCUUCAUUUUAUUUAAUAUUUGGUUGUCAGAACUUCUCAGUUUUGCAUGUGAAAUCAGUGAAGGGUAGUGAAGCAGCAAAUUAGUGCUGACUUUCUUUUUUUUUUACCUGUUGCGUGCUAAAGGUUUUGUUAUGGCCCACAUCUGGCCCUGGGGAUCAUUAUUAUUUAUUGCUCACUUUGAAGGCUUUUAAAGCUCUCACUCCUUUAUACAUUUCCUAAUUGCUGACUCAGUAUGUGAACUAUUCCUCAGAAAGUUCUCUUGAUGGAGCAGUGCUGGUUACUCUCAGGUCACAGUUUGUGAUAAAGUUUAAUCCAGCUGUUGCUUUCAGACCCCCCGCACUCUGAAACACUCUGCAUACUGAACUCAGACACACUUGGAACGCUUUUGGAAAUGUUUGUCACAUGUUUUUAUUUAUAGUGCCUUUGUAUGUGACGUUAUCCAUGUCAGGGUCUCUCCUUCUUCUGUGCUCUGGUCUCUUGGUCACAUUUCUCAUUUCAUCUGCCUCCUUAGAGUUUAGUUUUUAACUGUGAUAUACCUGCAACUUUUUUUUGAUCAAUUACUAGUUUAGGACAGUAAAAUAACUACGCUAUGGUCUGUGUGAUAGACACCUUGUGACAGAAACAACUCUUUUACUGACUGAAGGUGGGAGAUAAAAAGAGCACAGACCUUCCACAGUGCCAAACUGACAGCUCGGGAUUCCCUCGCUGUGAGACAGCUGCCAGCAACACGGAGAGCCGAGAGAGGGCGCAGAAGGUCAACCCUGUUUGCUUUUCGGUUUUAACCUGUUUAAUAGCAGGUCUCACAGAAGUAGAGUAAGAAGUAGCACAGAUUUGAGUUUUAUUGUUAUAUAAAAUUGGUGUCACUGUGAAGAGCAUGCAUCAUGUUUGUUUGUUGAUUCUGUACUUAUGGAUCUUUACCUACAGCCGGCAAAUAGAUUAGACAGAGUAAAGGUUAAAAGGUUAAAAACAAGAUUUUUUUAAAAUUUUGAAUCUCUGUCUUUCGAGUUCACAGAUUACCACUUUAACCGGUCCACUACACAGUGAAAUGAAUGUGAUGUUGUUCUGUGUACAUGCAGCUCUUUCGGGCCAAUCUCAGCACUGCUGUGAGGAAGAAAACAGAGGAGCAGCACAGACGCCAAGAACAGCUUGAGAAGGACAAAGAAAUGCUCAAACAGAACAAAAUGGAGUGAGUCUAGUGUGGGAGUGGAAAUUAUUUCACAGAUAAUGACGAAUGCUGAAACCCUGCAUGUUUUUCUUACUGGUAUGUUUCUUGUCCAGGUUAAUUCUGAGUCAAAUUAAUCGUUUUGAGAAGCAGCGAGACAUUAGUAAGUCACUGGAGGAUGCGUGGACUCGCUGUGUGAAGCUUAAACACGAACGAGAAGAGGAGGAGAGGCGCUUCCUGAGGUCUGUAGACUGAUCUUAGUCCUCAGAGCGUUUUUUUCUAAAAUCAGAUUGUCAGCUAGAUAAGUAAAAACCUGCCCUCCCAACAUUCAUGAACUUUGUCGGAACUCAAACCUUGUUGUAUUUCAUUCUUACUGACUGAGCAAGAGGACCCAUCAUGACCUGCAUCAUUUAAGCUUUAUCCUGUCUCCCUGUCAUCAGGUCUGCCGGUGAGCUCCUGGUGGAUAAACUGUCUCAAUACAGGCGCUGUUGCCAGUGUAAGAAGAGGACAACAAACUGUGGAGAGAGCAACAUCUGGAAAGAUUCUCAUUACCCCUCCGGCUCUCAGUUCAUGAUCUGAUGAUCAGUGUAGCCUACGACGACAUAUGAGCAUCUAUACGACACAGAUCUGAACCUCUGAAAUUUAUCAUCAAACACCUGGAAAAGAAGUUGACUUGAAUGUGACAGUGUGCAGCAUGUUCUAGCUGAUUAAUCAAUAUUCCUUCAGCUGAUUAGUAUUAGUAUACGGGUAUGAUUAUGUCUUUUGUGCAGUGUGUUUUUUGGCAAUUAUUAGUCCCAGGGUGGCAUAUAUGCUAACAUGCAUCAUGCAGUCAAUAAAGUGAUCAUGUUGUCAUCUCUGAA